AUGCAUGUGCGUAACUACAAGGGAAGGAACGGCCCAACAGACCGGCCUGCGACGAACUCUCCCGCACAAGCCUGUGCACAAAACCUGUCACAGCAGACCACACCCCCGGAGGAGUCCAACAUGUAUCCUGGACUUAAAGCCGCCGAUGCCAGAUAUUUCAAGACCUCAGUGCCGGAAGCCUGCCCGAAGGCAGCGCGACAGGCCAGAAACCCGACCUUCUUCACGGAGCUGCAGUCGAGACCUGGCCAGAAGAGACACUUGAACGAUCACGACGAGGAGGCAGAUGCGGAGGAACCACUACAUAAGCGACCGAGGGCGAAGGCUGUGAGGCAAGCAGACAAGGACACUAGGGCCCACGAGAGGACAUGUGGCAUGGCGGGGAGGGAAGAUGAUGCAGACAAACACGCUGAGUUCGAACAGUCCUCGGGGACAGGGAGCAGGGUUUGUCAACACAGCACCUCGAAAGACCCCUCCAGAUACCAGGAGCGAGGCAACUUGAACAUGGAUGCAGUGAAGUCUUCACAGGAUGGAACGGCCGAGGCAAAGCAGCGCAGGAAGAGUGCGGAUGUUGAAAGAUCUAGCAUUGCUCCUCUCAAAAUCACCACGAGAUCGUCUGGGAUUCUCCAAAACAGCAAAUCCUCGCGCCCAAUUCUCGGGUCACUUAAGAAGAAGGUGCGGUUCGAGGACGAGGUCCCUGGCAAAGUACUCGAAAAGCCAGCCUGCCUCGGCAACAGGUUCAAUGAGACACCAAAGGAGCAAAUGGCAGGAUCUGAAUCACAGAUCCCGAAUGCUGCCCAGCGGAAAGUCCUGAGCCAGCCUGCUGAUGCUGAUGUAAUUAUGCUUGAUGUCGAGACGGCACUGUCUGCGCUGUCUGUCCUGCAAUCACACCAGUGA